UUUGUACCCGGCGUGGUGUCGUCGGCAACACACGCGGCCAUGUCACACAGGUCAAGGCUCGUGGACCAAUGACGUUCUUAGUGGCGGAGCAUCCACGCGACUCGCGCACUCGCAAUAUGUCGGCAAACGGGAAACAAGCGCGACUAGCUUUACAGUUGUUUACAUGACUAAAUACAUAUUUUAUUUAUUCAUAUUUCAUGAAUGUUUGGAUCUUUUACUCCGUUGUCAGAGUCUAUGUUUAUAUAAUUCACCUAUGAAAUUCCUGUGUGUUAUUUAAAGUCAUACAAUAUUCUUCAUCCUUGCUUGUUCACUUCACUGGACUAACUAUACUUUAUAUAGAGGACUGGACUACUGGAGUCUGAAACCAACUGAACACUCUUUAAAACAUUCUGUGCGCAGUGCUUUUAGUGUCAACGCCACCUGUGGAUCACCACCACCCCAUCGUUUUCCUGUAGUGACUGUUAAUUAUCAACAGUCCAUCAAUAAGUUUACGUGGAUCAUUAUAAGUUGUCUGUAUUUGAAAAAUAGUACUAAUCUGAUACUUGAACUAUGAAUUCGUCACCAUUAGAUUCAUUUUGUCCAGUCCAUUCGGAAUCUGAAGCAUCAAUAACAGCGAUUGCAACGAUUGUUACAAAAGAUGACACUUUAAAAUUUGAUGAUAUCACCAAAGAAUUUCUCAAAUUAGGGUUUAUAAAAGUUAAGGAUUUGGCUAGAACAUCCAUGUUAAAAGCUAGCUCAGUUAAAUUGCCGGGAGAUUCUCUAACACUGCUUUAUGAAGCUAUGGAGACAUAUACUGAUCGCCUAGAUAAGCUUCAUGAAACUGCAAAAUCAGAACAUACAAAUGGAAAUUUCGACAGUACGCAAAAAAUAUGUACAGAAUUACUUGUACAUAAACCAAAAAGUUUAGAUAUUAUAUUGCUUAAAGCUGAUUCAUUUCUCAGUCACAAACAUUAUGAAAAAGCCAUUGAAACUUUAGAAGAAGCAAAAAAUAUUCAUCCCAAUUGUUUUGAAGUUUUAUAUAACUUAGCACUAGUUUAUUGGAGAAAGUCUGAACAGGAUUUAGCAAAACAAUAUUUAUCGGAAGCUUGUGAAUUAAAACCUUUUUGUGUUAAUGCAUGGACAAUGUAUGGUAAUGUAUUAUCUAUUACAAACGACUUGAACUCAGCUGAACUAGCUUAUGAACGGGUUUUAAGUCUAAAACCCGAAUUAUAUGAAGUACGUAAUAAGUACGGAAAACUGCUAUUAAAAUUAAAUAAAUUAAAAGAUGCUAAAAAGCAAUUUAAGAUUGCCCACAACAGUGCGACAGAAUGUCCAGAAACUUUAAAUAAUUUAGGAGAUGUUUAUUCUGAGUGCGGUAAAUUUGAAAAAGCUAUUUCUAAUUAUAAAAAAUCUUUAGAAAUUAAUCCUGAUCUAAAGAAUACUCAUGGUAGUUUGGGAAUGGUUUAUCUAAAAGUUGCAAAAUCACAAGAAGCAGCUACUGAAUUUCUAAAAGCAUUAAAAUUAGAACCAGACAAUGUGUUGUAUUUAAGAAAUUUAGCAGUUACAUUUUCUCUUCAACAAAAACCUGAAUUGUCUGUUGAAGUAUUUAAAAAAUGCUUGAAACUUCAACCUGAAAACUUCAUCAUAAAUUUAAAUUUGGCUAUGGUGUAUAUACAAGACCUUAAAAAUUAUCAAGAAGCUAUAAUUUAUUUAAAAAAAUGUAUGCAGUUAAAUCCGGAAGCAACAUAUGUGUACAAGAUUCUAAGUCAUGUAUACCAGCAGUCUGGAGAUAACCUAAGUGCGUUUGAUACUUGCAUGGCAUUGGGUGAUUUGUAUAUGGAUAGCAAUGAUCAUGAAAAUGCAAGUAAUAUAUUUACCUGUGCAACUCAUUUUAAUCCUGACAAUGCAUAUGGCCAUUGGAAAUUGGGCCUAACUAUGUAUAAACAGGGUCGUCUUGAUUUGGCUUUAUUGAGUUAUAAAAGAGCUAUUGAAUUGAAACCAAAUCUGGUUGCCGCUUAUUGUGACAUUGGGAUUAUCUAUGAAGAAUCUAAUCUUCCUGAAAAAGCCAUGGUCAACUAUGAAAUGGCAAUUCAGCUAGAUUCUAAUAAUUUAAAUGCAUUACAUAAUUUAUCAAAUCUGAAACAAAAUUUGGGUCAACUAGAUGAUGACCUUAUUGACAUGUUUCAAAGAAUAUUGAAAAUUGACGAAUCAGAGGCUUUUGAUACACAUAAAAAUCUAGCAGAUAUUUUUAAGACAAGAAGAAAUUUUAAUGAUGCACUUACGCAUUAUGAAAAAGCUUUGGAAUAUAACAAUACAUCUGUCGACAUUUAUAAGCAGAUGGGAGAUAUAUAUUCAGAGUUGAACAUGGCUGAUGAUGCAUUACGUUGUUUUAAUUUGGCAACUCACCAUGAGAACAGUGUUGAGAAGCUUUAAUUUAUGACGGUUCUAAGGAAAAAUAUGGUUGAAUAUCUUUGAACACGAUGAAAAUUUGUUACACCGCAACAGGAAGA